AAUUUAAACUGUAAUGUUGUUGACAUACAACACGUGUUGUGCAUUGAGUUUGUAAUACAAGCAAUACUUUAGUGUAUGUAAAGCACGUGUGUUUUGGCGUUAAUAACUAUAAUAAUAUUACGUGUUUCAUCAACUGAUCCCAAAGAUGCCUAAAGUACACGAAGAGGCAAUGAUGAGGAAACUGAAGAAACGAUUGAAACACAAACAAAAGCAAAGACUUGACAAACAGAAAGAGCGACAAACUAUGGCAUCAAAUGGAGAUCAAGAAGAAGAAGACAUUGAUGACGAUAUUGUGGGAUCUGAUGACGACAAUGUUCAACAACAACCUAAGAGAUCUAAUGCUGAAUCAGUGAAUAACAAUAAACAAAAAAAACUGAAAACUAGCGAAACGACAGCUAAAGAGAUUGAUUCGGUAAAUGAUGUUAAUGUUGAUGAAGAUAAUAGUGAAAGUGAUUGUCCACAAUUGGUGACAUCGGAUGGUAAGCCAGCAAAUAUACCAUUAAGUAUGUCACUGACGGCCACCAGGUUUGAUGAACUGCGCGACAAAGUGUCAGAAUUUACUCUGAAUGCGAUUAAAGACAUGGAGUUUACGGAAAUGACUGAAAUACAGUCAAAGACAAUACCACAUCUAUUGGAGGGAAAGGAUUUAGUCGCUGCGGCCAAAACUGGCAGCGGAAAGACAUUGGCUUUUCUUAUACCAGCACUGGAACUGUUAUAUAAACUAAGAUUUAUGCCGCGCAAUGGCACCGGUGUUAUUGUAAUAUCGCCAACCCGUGAGCUGUCGAUGCAAACAUUUGGUGUACUUAAAGAAUUGAUGAAAUAUCAUAAACAAACCUACGGUCUGAUUAUGGGCGGAACAAAUCGACAAUCGGAAGCGCUUAAACUGGUUAAAGGUGUUAACAUAUUGGUGGCCACACCGGGACGUCUGUUGGAUCACUUGCAAAAUUCUAAACAAUUCUUAUUUAAGAAUCUUCAGUGUUUAAUCAUCGACGAAGCGGACCGUAUACUAGAUAUUGGUUUCGAGGAAGAGAUAAAACAAAUAAUUAGAUUAUUACCGCAGAGAAGACAAACUAUGCUUUUUAGCGCUACAUUAACUAAGAAAACAGAUGAUUUGAUUACUACGGCACUCAAGAAGGAACCGUUAUAUGUAGGACUAGAAGAUUAUAAGGAAACGGCAACAGUUGCCGGUCUCGAACAGGGCUUUGUAUUUGCGCCGUCAGACAAACGGCUGCUUUUAUUGUUUACAUUUUUGAAGAAGAAUCGCAACAAAAAAGUUAUGGUUUUCUUUAGCUCCUGUAUGUCAGUCAAGUUUCAUAAUGAACUCUUUAAUUACAUUGAUAUGCCUGUUAUGUGUAUUCAUGGCAAACAAAAGCAAACCAAACGUACGACAACUUUCUUUCAAUUCUGUAACUCCGAGUCUGGUAUCCUAUUAUGUACAGAUGUGGCCGCCCGUGGUCUCGACAUCCCUCAAGUCGAUUGGAUAGUACAGUACGAUCCACCCGAUGAUCCUAAGGAGUAUAUACAUCGUGUGGGCCGUACGGCACGGGGUGAAGGGGCCAGUGGUCACGCUCUGUUGAUUUUGAAUCCCGACGAGAUUGAGUUCUUAAGAUAUCUUAAAGAAGCCAAAGUGCCGCUCCAGGAGUUUGAUUUUUCAUGGAAUAAAGUGGCAAACAUACAACCCCAGUUGGAAAAGUUGAUCACAAAGAACUACUUUCUGAAUCUAUCGGCCAAAGAGGCCUACAAGGCCUUCAUCAGAGCCUACGACAGCCAUUCCCUCAAACAAAUCUUUGAUCUUAACCGACUGGAUCUGGUGGCAGUGGCAAAGAGUUUUGGUUUCGGUGUACCCCCUUUUGUUGAUUUGCCGGUUACCGGAGCCAAAAGUGCCAGAAAUGUCAACUAUAGGAAAGGUAGUUCUGGUAGAAAGCCUAACUAUGCGCACGGUGUGACCACCAAAAAGAGGACUCAAAAAUCAAUUAUCUAUAAAGCGGUUCCCAUUCAGAAAGAUAAGCGACAGUUUAGCCGAUGAGAAAGUGAUAUCGUCUGUAUUUUUUUGGACAACUUUUUUUUAUUUUAUUUGAAUAUAUUAUUUAAGAUUUAUUAUGUAUUUUAAUUUCAUUUCAUUUAUUACAAUAUAAUGUUAUUCAUUGAAUA